GAAAUAGUUUCCUAUUCAAUAACAAGUAAUAAAACAAAACUUAGUGGAAAGUAGAUAGUAAAUAAUAUAUAAUAAUAGUCAUAACAAAGUUAAUACUAAGUCUUAUUUUGGUGAUUUUAAGUUAGUGGCAUUAACGUCCGUUUUCUUUUUAAACCUUCUUUCUUACCCAUUUCUGAAGAAGUCAACCUAAUGAUCAAAGCAUUUGGCGGACUUGUAAUCGGUCAAAAGUUAAGUAACAGCCGCCUCCUGGAAACUUUCUUGUGGAAAUGUCGAGUUUGACCAACAAAUACUAGUAUAAAACUCUGGUUUCUCCUCAAGAAGGCGGUGACAAUUUUCCUCAUAACUGUUUUCUCUUAUAUUUUUUGUAUGUAUCACUUCGAUGGCUAUGUGGUACCUUUAGCCUAUAUUUUCAUUGUGAUUGUCUUGCUUUGCUAGGAUCUUUUCCCCUUACAGCUCCUCUCUUGGGCAACUGAAAAUUAAGUUGGUAUUUCAACUGUACAAUGAAAAAGGGAACUUGUUGAAGUUAGGGAAGCUGACUGCAAAUUAUAAGCUGUUCAUUCUGAUGUUUCUGUAUCGGGUCUUCUGUGGAGAUCAUGCUAAGUUUUGCCAGUAGAGUAAUUACAGACGCCUUUUUCGGUCAGUAUUUCAACUAGAAGAAUCUCAAACAAGAAAGCUCUAUAAUCAGUGAGGAUACUAUUAUAAUAUGGAACUUGGUGCUACUGAGAAUGUUGAUCUUCCAUAUUACAGCACCGUUAAGGUGCAUCGCUUAAUGUGCUUGGAGCUGAAGAAACUCGUUGAUAGCAUUUUGCACAUGUUUUCAGCUCUUGAGUCUUCUCGGCCCCGAUGCGAAUCUGGACUGCGGGCAUUAUGCUCAUUACAAUCGGCAAUGGAUAAAGCCAAGUUACUAAUCCUGCACUGUUCUGAAUCCAGCAAACUCUACUUGGCAAUUACAGCAAAAGCGAUACUCUUAAGGUGUGAAAAAAUUCGGAAUACCAUGGAGAUUUGCCUGAAUCAGGUUCAAGAUAUGGUUCCACCAUUGUUGGCUGCAAAGAUAUCUAUAAUUAUAGAUGAACUUAGGAGUGCAAGGUUUCCUCUAGAACCUUCUGAAUACGAGGCUGGAGCAGUUAUACUUGCCCUGCUUGAACAGGACGGAUCUGCAUCAGGCUCCAAAAUGCAAUCAGAAAUUGAGGCUCUUCGACUUGCUGCCUUGAGGCUGAGCAUUACAUCUCCUUUUUCCCUUUUGAUAGAACAAAGAUCUAUCAAGAAACUACUUAGAAAAGUCCAUGAUACGAACCCAACAAAGAGGAAAAUCUUGAAUUAUCUCUUACAUCUUCUGAACAAAUAUGGAAAGUUAAUUUGGCAACUCCAAUCUAAAAGCAUCAUUCCUCUGGAGGAAGAGAACGUUAUUUUAUCCAUGGAGCUGGAGCAAGGAGUGAAAACAGAAGAUGAUGAGACUUCACCUAAUGACUUUUUCAUUCCUAAACAUCCUGAGCAAUUCAAAUGCCCUAUCUCUAUGAGACUGCUGUAUGAUCCCGUAAUUAUUGCUUCUGGAAUAACAUUUGAACGAGUUUGGAUAGAGAAGUGGUUUAAUGAGGGCAAUCAGAUGUGCCCGGUGACUGAUACAAGGUUGGAGCAGUUGUCAGUCACUCCAAAUUUAGCAAUGAAGGGUCUCAUUUCAAAGUGGGUUUUGAGGCAUGGAAUCAAGAUUCCUGAACAUGCAAGACCAAUCCCUUCACUGCUUUCCUUACAGAAACCUUCUUCCUGCUCCAUUGCUAGUUUUGGCAUUUCUGUGCUUGGUUUUCAACUUCAAAUAGAGAGUAUUUUAGUUGGUUCAAUAAGUUCUGAAUCUAUUGUAGAUUCACUAGACGGGAAAUGUAAUGAUGAGAUUACAUCUGUGCCAACUCAGGUUGCUGCAGAUUCUCAUAGUCAAAGAUAUCAUCACUCUUCUAUGACUUCAAGUAGUCAUGACAUCAAUGCUGGCUUUCUUUCUGAACUUGAUAAACAUUCCUGGGAGUCUCAAUGCAAGGCUGUUGUAGCUGUUAAAGGCUUUCUAGAAGACAAUGAUAAGGUCCAGCAUUUGACUUUUUCAAGUAGUUAUGUUUCUCCUGUGAUUAAAUUUUUGAAGGAAGCAAAUGAAAUAUGUGAUAUAAAAAUGCAAAAAGAUGGAGCAGAGGUGCUUUUAGCGAUUUUGAGCAGUAGCAGAAUCCAAUUACCUCCUUGUCAUGAAGAUGUUAUCUAUUUGUUGGCAACAUUGUUGGAUUCUGAGCCAGCUGGAGAGUCCCUUGCAGUACUGGAAGUCUUAUCCUGGAAACAGUACUAUAAGUCCAGAAUUGUGGCAUCUGGCGUUUUGCCUUCCAUCCUAAAAGUCCUUGAUACUACAGUCACAAAAUUUUGCAUGCUUGCACUGAAGAUCCUAUGUAAUUUGUCUAAUGGCAGUGAUGUUGGUCACCAUAUUGCAUAUUUGGGUUAUAUCCCCAAGCUGGUUUCUUUUCUUGAGGAUUCAAAUGUUGCAGGCUAUUGCAUUGAGAUUAUAAACAAUAUAUGCAAUACCGAGGAGGUUAGAAUUGAAGUUGCAGAAGCCAAUUUAUGUAGUUCAAUAGCCACACUCUUGGAAGCCGGUAAUAAGGAGGAACAAGAACUUGCUCUUGAUGUGCUCCUCUCAUUAUGCUAUGAGAAUACAGGGUAUUGUCAAAUGAUAAUGACAGAAAGCAUAAUCCAAUCUUUGUUCAGCAUAUCUGUCAAUGGCAGUUCUAAAGGAUCCGAGAAUGCAUUACUACUGCUUAGCCUCUUCGAAUUCAUGCUGAAAAGUGAUGCCGCUCAAUGCUCUAUUCAUAGCACUGUUUUUAGUCAAGAAAACUCACAUGGCUCCAGCAACAACUUCAUUGUCAAAAAGCCAUCAUCUUCCAAGGCAUUUGGAUAUCUGAGAAAGAAAUUAUCAAGGUUUACACAUGCCUAAUAUUGACUUUUUCCUUUUAUUUUGCUGCUUGAACGGCUUUCUUCAUUGAGAAAACGGGAUACUAACCCAACUAAUCCAUGUUGUGUAUAUGGCAUUGUAGGAAUCAGGGGAUUAGCCAUGAAUUUGUUAGCUCAAAUUUGAUAUUAUAGUCAGAGUGCUGUAGUUUCUCAUAGUCAUUUUCCCAUAGUUUGUUUUGUAAAUAGUAUGUUACCUGUUUGUUGUUUUCUCCUGUUUCAUAUCUGUAAUUUAAUGUGUGAAAUUUUUUUUGCAAACAUUAUUUCAGAUUAUUGAACCUGAUUUUUUAUGA